GGAAAACGUUUCGAGACCAGUAAGAAGAAGACAAGUAGCCACCUCAUCUUUGUCAGUCGUAAAAAUUGUUGAUUUAACUCGGGAAAUGGCGAGGAAUUUGCUUAUCCUGUGCACACUGAUGGCCUGGGCCUGGACCGGCGAGGCUGUCAUGUUCAAGCUGACCCCGAACACACAGAAGUGCCUUAAGGAGGACAUCCAGGCCAACCAACUGGUUAUUGGCGAAUAUGAAGUUUCCGACGUACCCGGCCAAGUCAUCGAUUAUAUUGCUCGUGACACCAAGGGUCACAUCCUCUCCCAGCAGGUUCACAUCACCAAGGGCAAGUUUAGUUUCAUGUCCGAGGUCUACGACGCUUACGAGAUAUGCUUCAUUUCCAAAGUUCCUCCACACCAACGCGGCAUUCCCCAAGAGGUUUCGCUGGUAACCAAGAAGGGCGUAGAAACAAAAAGCUACGAGGGUAUUGGCGAGGCUUCCAAACUGAAGCCCCUGGAAGUUGAUCUUAAGCGCUUGGAAGAUCUUUCGGACUCGAUUGUCAGGGACUUCGUUCUCAUGCGGAAAAGAGAAGAGGAAAUGCGCGACACUAAUGAGAAAACAAACAGCCGCGUUCUGUUCUUCAGUAUUUUCAGUAUGUGCUGCUUGCUUGGCUUGGCAACGUGGCAGGUCCUUUACCUUCGCCGGUACUUCAAGGCCAAAAAACUCAUUGAAUAGUUUCACUUAGAUUUAUAGAAGUUUUGUGUGUGGAACUGUAUUUGAAUGACUGGGUUUAAAAUUUCAUCUCUUAGUAUAUUUUCCGAAAUAAAUGCAACU